GUUCUGGUGGAUCAAAAGCUUCUAAGCACAAUAUAAAAGCUCAAAUACAGUAUAAUCCUUUGAGGUCUCAACAAUCACCUUUUAAUCAUUAUUACAAAAGCAUUGAAAAAGGAGCAACACAUGAAGAUAGCAACAAAAGUUAUGUUGUAAAAGCCGUCACUGUACCAUCUUCUGAGUCAGAAUCUGAAGCUUCCAACUCCAAAAACAUUGUUAAUUCUGUCAAAGAUUUCAUGCUCGUUUUAUACCAAUUUAUUUACCCUUACACAGUGUAUGCUCGAACAUCAGCGGCAAUUUCUGCAUCUCUCAUUGCAGUAGAAAAACUAUCAGAUAUAUCUCCAUUGUUUUUUAUUGGUUUGUUACAGGCUGUGCUUCCUCACUUGUUCAUGGAUCUUUACGUUAAUGGAGUGAAUCAAUUGUUUGACUUUGAAAUAGAUAAGAUAAACAAACCAUAUCUUCCAUUGGCUGCUGGCAAAUUAUCCUUCAGAACAUGUGCCUUUAUUGUUGCCUCAUCUGCAAUUUUGGGUUUAGGGCUUAACUUGAUGAUAGGUUCUCCUGCAUUGAUUUGGAACUUUGUGUUGUGCUUUAUAUUAAUUACUUGCUAUUCAGUCAAUCUGCCGUUGUUACGAUGGAAGCAAUAUCCGGUGCUGGCAGCAUUAUUUACGAUUAUUAGUUGGACAUUUAUAUUUCCAAUUUCAUACUUCCAUCAUAUGCAGACGUUUGUGUUCAAGAGACCAGCUGUGUUUACAAGAUCUUUGAUUGUUUCUCUGCUGUUCUUGACUUUCUACACUACUGGUAUAGCAUUAGCCAAGGAUAUACCAGACGUAGAGGGAGAUAUAAAACAUGGCGUUGAUUCUUUCGCAGCACGUUUAGGCCAGAAAAAUGUAUUUUGGAUUUGUGUUUUCCUUCUCGAAAUGGCAUUUGGAGUUGCCUUUUUUGCUGGAGCAUCAUCUUCGUCUCCCUUUUUGAUUAAAUUUGUCACGGGUCUAGGAAAUGUUGCUCUUGGUUCGAUUCUCUGGUACCAGACAAAAUAUGUAGAUGUGACAAGUACCGCUUCCACUAAAUCCUUCUAUUCAUUUAUCUGGAAGGUAACCAUGUCUUCUGAUUUCUCCGGCAACGAGGGUAGGGGGUAUGCUGACGAUGACAACGCCAGUCCAUCUUCAUCCCUGGCUGCAUUUACCGGUCUCGGCGCUAGGGCCUCACCUUCAGGGAAUUCCUCCGAUCUCCUGGUUGACAGUGAUGCUCCUAAGGAAGUUGCCAUCCAUGUGGACUCAACCGACGCUUGGGAUGGGAAGCCCCGAGCUUGGCCACCUGUUCCCGGCUACGAUUGGGUGCCUCAUGAAGUUAGGAAAAUUCCCUCUUCUUUUUACGAUCGCCAAGCUUUCCGCAACUUAAUUAACCACAUCUGUCUGGUCAAGUCAGCUGCCGACGCCAGGCAUUUCAAACUAGCGUGUCUGUCACGGUCGGUGCAACUACCCCACUGA